AUGGCAAUGAUUGGCAAUGAUUUUAAGGCUUUAGUUUAUCAGUUCAUGGCUAAUGGAAGUCUAGAGGAGUGGUUGCAUCCAGUUGUUGGUGCAGAUGAGAUAAAUGUAGCAUCAAGGAGCUUAAACAUUCUGCAAAGAUUAAAUAUCGCCAUUGAUGUAGCUUGUGCACUUGAUUAUCUACAUCAUCAUUGUGCAGAAAAACCAAUCAUUCAUUGUGAUCUCAAGCCAAGCAAUAUUCUUCUCGAUGAAGAAAUGAUAGGGCAUCUUCUCGAUGAAGAAAUGAUAGGGCAUAUAGGAGAUUUUGGUUUAGCUAAAUUCCAUAUCGCGCCAAGCCAUGCCGAAAUGUCCAAUCAAUUGAGUUCUAUUGGAAUAAGAGGAACUAUCGGCUAUGCUCCUCCAGAGUAUGGCAAGGGCAAUGAGGUGUCAAGAACUGGUGAUGUCUAUAGUUAUGGUAUUCUGCUGUUGGAAAUGUUCACUGGGAGGAGGCCUGUGGAUGGAACUUUCAACGAAGGUUUUAACCUUCAUGAUUAUGUCAAGACUGCUUUGCCAGAACAAGCAGAAGAAAUAUUAGAUCCUAGUCUUCUAAAGGAAGCAAAGGAAAGCAAGCAGAGGAAAUAUAGCAUGAGAAUGCUUCAGAGCGGUUUAGAAUAA